UGGCAAAUGGCUGCGCCCUUGUAAUACCAGCAGCGGCAGCUGACCUUUCUUUUUCCUCCUUGUCACCAGGCUCCUGUGGUGGCGGGUGGGACACCAGGACCAUGUUGGGCCGGACCCUCCGAGAAGUUUCUGCGGCACUGAAACAAGGCCAAGUUACUCCAACUGAGCUCUGUCAAAGAUGUCUCUCCCUUAUCAAGAAGACCAAGUUUCUAAAUGCUUAUAUUACUGUAUCAGAAGAGGUGGCCUUAAAGCAAGCUGAAGAAUCAGAGAAAAGAUAUAAGAAAGGUCUCUCACUCGGGGAUUUAGAUGGAAUUCCUGUUGCGGUAAAAGACAACUUUAGCACGGCCGGCAUUGAGACAACAUGUGCAUCAAACAUGCUGAAAGGUUAUGUACCACCUUAUAAUGCUACAGUAGUUCAGAAGUUGUUGGAUCAGGGAGCUCUACUAAUGGGAAAAACAAACUUAGAUGAGUUUGCUAUGGGAUCCGGAAGCACAGAUGGCAUAUUUGGACCGGUUAAAAACCCCUGGAGUUAUUCAAAACAAUAUAGAGAAAAGAGGAAGCAGAAGUCUCAUGGUGAGAAUGAGGAUUCAGAUUGGCUGAUAACUGGAGGAAGCUCAGGAGGGAGCGCGGCGGCUGUGUCAGCGUUCACGUGCUUUGCGGCUUUAGGAUCAGAUACAGGAGGAUCAACCAGAAAUCCAGCUGCCCACUGUGGGGUUGUUGGUUUGAAACCUAGCUAUGGCUUAGUUUCUCGUCAUGGCCUCAUUCCCCUGGUGAAUUCAAUGGAUGUGCCAGGAAUCCUAACCAGAUGUGUGGAUGAUGCAGCCAUUGUGUUGGGUAUACUAGCUGGGCAUGAUCCCAAAGAUUCUACCACAAUUCAAGAUCCUGUUAAACCAUUUACGCUUCCCAGUUUGACAGAUGUGAGCAAACUGUGUAUAGGAAUUCCGAAGGAAUAUCUUACACCAGAAUUGUCGAGUGAAGUACAAUCUCUUUGGUCCAAAGCUGCUCAUCUCUUUGAGUCUGAGGGGGCCAAAGUAAUUGAAGUGUCCCUGCCCCACACCAGUUACUCAAUUGUCUGCUACCACGUAUUGUGUACAUCGGAAGUGGCGUCGAAUAUGGCAAGAUUUGAUGGGCUAGAGUAUGGUCACAGAUGUGACACUGAUGUGUCUACUGAAGCCAUGUAUGCUGCAACCAGACGAGAAGGGUUCAAUGAUGUGGUGAGAGAAAGAAUCCUCUCAGGAAACUUUUUCUUAUUAAAAGAAAACUAUGAGAAUUAUUUUGUCAAAGCACAGAAGGUGAGACGACUCAUUGCUCGUGAUUUUGUGAAUGUUUUUAACUCUGGAGUGGAUGUCUUGCUAACUCCUACCACCUUAAGUGAGGCAGUGCCACACACGGAGUUCAUCAGAGAAGACAAUAGAACACGAAGUGCCCAGGAUGAUAUUUUUACACAGGCUGUAAAUAUGGCAGGGUUGCCAGCAGUGAGUGUCCCUGUGGCCCUCUCAAGCCAAGGGUUGCCAAUCGGACUACAGUUUAUUGGACGUGCAUUUUGUGACCAGCAGCUUCUUACAGUUGCCAAAUGGUUUGAAAAACGAGUACAGUUUCCUGUUAUUCCGCUUCAGGAACUAAUGGAUGAUCGUUCAUCAAUCUUUGAAAAUGAAAAGUUAGCUUCUGUUUCUCUAAAAUAGUAGUGAUAACUAUCAUGCAAAUUAUAAUGACUUUUAAAGAUUUUAUAUUCUAGAAAAGUCAAGUGAUCUUGUAAUUUGGUUCACUGUCAACACAGUCAUUCCUUGGAAUCGCUUUUUAAAAUUCUUGUGAUAUAGUUAAUUACUUAUGAGUAAUCUGUCAGCAUUUAUUAAGCAUCCACUAAGUAGAAACAAAGUACAGGAUUUCUAUUAUAAUACAAGAUACAUGUUCCUGA